AUGAAGCUGGAGGGGAAAGUGGCCGUGGUAACUGGUGCUAACACGGGUAUCGGAUUCUGUACUGUUGGAGAAUUGGCACGUCGCGGUGCCACUGUGGUCAUGGCAUGCAGAAACAUUGAACGGGCAAAAGCUGCAAAACAACUACUUCUGUCUCGUUAUGGCACCACUAAUGCGGAGUGGAUGAAAAUCGAUGUGGCCGAUCCAAGUGUGGAAGCCUCGCUGACCCCCAUUGAAGAUCACCAGUUAAUACCUGAGAAGCUGGAUCUGGCAUCCCUCCAAUCAGUCAGACAAUUCGCCCAUCGCAUACUCAAGGCAUACAGUAGCAUACAUUUGCUGAUCAAUAAUGCUGGACAGAUUUUGUCAACAUAUUCUAGAACGAAAGACGGGUUUGAAAUGACCUUGGGUGUGAAUCAUCUGGGCCAUUUUCUUCUCACCGAGCUCAUGCUGCCCGCAUUGAAAGCGGCAGCACCAUCGCGUAUCAUUAUUGUGUCAUCGAUCGCUCAUAAAUGGGGCCAGUUGUAUAAACCGGAUUUACAGAUGACCGACCAAAACUACGGUUAUUUACGGGCCUACAGCUCUUCCAAACUGAUCAAUGUAAUGCAUGCGAUCGAAUUAAGCAAACGUUUGGAGGGGACAAACGUUACUGUGUUAUGGCAUCUGCGAUUUCUGAGGCCGCUUUCGAUCAGUGCAUGGGAAGGAACACAAACCACUUUGUACACUGUGCUCGUUGAACAUCCGAAACCCGGUGGAUACUACUCGAACUGUGCCCUCACAUCUCCUAAAGCUAUUGCGCACAACGAACAGGAACGCAAAUUUGCAUGGGACAGAUCGUGUGAAUUGGUUGGACUACCAAAAUAUUCAGUGUUGUGA